AUGUGGUUGAUUUGGAUUAGCGGUCUUGUAAAUUGCCUCUUGGGGGCUGCAUAUGGGGCGGAAGUGUGCUAUGGGAACUUGGGCUGUUUCUCUGAUGACAACCCAUGGAGCGGUACCGUGGAGAGACCGAUUGCACGUAUACCGUGGAGCCCUGAACAAAUAAACACCCGUUUCCUCCUCUUCACAAAACAGAACCCCAACGCCUACCAGCAAAUCAGAGCGGACCCAAACAUUGUGUCAGCAUCAAACUAUAGCCCAGCAAGAAAGACUCGUUUCAUUAUUCAUGGGUUUAUUGACAAAGGUGAUGAGAACUGGUUGUUGGACAUGUGUUCGCUUAUGCUGACAGUCGAGGACGUUAACUGCAUCUGUGUGGACUGGAAAGGGGGUUCACGGACUCUGUACACACAAGCAGCCAAUAACAUCCGCGUGGUUGGGGCUCAAAUUGCAGAACUGGUCACUCUGUUUCAGACCUCUUUCGGUCAGAAGCCAGAGAAUGUCCAUGUGAUUGGACACAGCCUGGGGGCGCACUGUGCCGGAGAAGCUGGCCGAAGGAUCCCGGGGUUGGGCAGAAUCACAGGCUUGGACCCUGCUGAGCCGAUGUUUCAAGGGUGUCCCAUCUUGGUGCGACUAGACCCCUCAGAUGCCAAAUUUGUGGAUGUCAUUCACACAGACAGUCUUCCUCUCGUCCCUUACCUUGGUCUUGGAAUGUCCCAAGCUGUCGGACACAUCGACUUCUAUCCCAAUGGAGGAGAAGAAAUGCCAGGUUGUGACAAAAAUAUCAUCUCACAGAUUGUGGACAUUGAUGGAAUUUGGGAAGGGACUCGUGACUUUGUGGCCUGCAACCACCUGAGAGCCUACAAAUACUACAGUGACAGCAUUGUGAACCGUGACGGUUUUGUGGGGUAUCCCUGCUCCGAUGACUCUAUGUUUGAAUCUGGAAAGUGCUUCCCCUGUGCUCCUGGUUCAUGCCCUGUGAUGGGGCACUAUGCCGAUACCUUCAAGGUGCCUGCUGGGGUGGACAGAAUGAAGUUCUAUCUCAACACAGGCGAUGCUAAGCCCUUCGCACGUUAUCGUUAUGAGGUGAAGGUAACCAUUGAUGGCUCUCUCUACACUUCGGGAUACGUGAAGGUGGCAUUUUACGGAAGCAAUGGAAACACUUACCAGUAUGAAAUUUACAGUGGUUCCCUCUCGCCUGGGAAGUUCUUUGGGGCCUUUGUUGAUGCUGAGAAAGACGUCGGUGAUCUGACCCAUGUGAAAUUUCUCUGGAACAACAAUAUUCUCAACCCUCUGCUGCCCAAGUAUGGUGCCAGCCGGAUUGAGGUACUUCGAGGAAAGGACAGAAGCCUGUUUGUUUUCUGUGGGAACGAAGUUGUUCGAGAGAAUAUCCUGCAGACUUUGAAACCCUGCGCAGCUCAGUAA